AUAAGCACAGAUAUUCGCAGUAUGGCUAGGAAAGAUUUGAGUGCUGACAAAUUUGACACUAACAUUUCCAGCCAUAUUCCUAAAAGCCAGGGUAAUCCCUUAGGUACUCAAAAUUCGGCUUCAAUCGAUUUACCCAUAUCAAACUUUAAUUCCCUGAAUGGGCUUCAGACUCAGACCUUGAACACGAAGUCAUCCUUUUGCAACAUUAAGACUACAAAUAAAUUUGGCUCUUCACUACUACCUGCCCUGCCAGAGUCUCCUGCUCAACUCAUUGCUCACAAGAAAAUGCUAAAACUCGAUGGGCUCUCAUCAUUCGCCUCAUCAACAAAGACUCUAAAACAAUCUUGCUCAAAACUAAAAAGAAUCAAGAUAAUAAACCUUAAAAGAGGCAGGAAUAAUUCUAACUUGAUCUCACUCAAGAAAGCUAGUGCACAAGGACUCAAGAUGUCCCAUUUCAAGAAACACAGCAGGAACACUUCCAAUAAAGUACAGUUAUCAUUAAAGCCGAUUAUAAAAAUUUCUAAGAAGUUUGCUGGUGAAGAGCCUGAUAGAAAUAAACCUUCAAAAUUUUCUUCCAAAAUUAAUGGGAUUAAAAUUGGGCCUGGUAACAAGCAAUUCCUAUCUAGAGAGUCUAUCAUUGAUCUCAAGAUGUUCUUCAACCGUAGAGGCAAGAAAUAAAGGAUCUAAUUUUUUUAAAGAAUAAUUCAUAACAU